UCAUUACUUAAUUUUAUAUGUUUUCAAGUUAAUUUUCAUUUUUAUUGCUUCCCAUUUGAUUAUAGCCAAAGUUCUGUUAGUUCAUUAUAUAACAAUUAAUAGUAUCAAAUUUCCAUUGCCUAGUUUUGUCCCUUAUAAAAAAAAAUUAUAGUAUCAAUUAUCUGAGUAUUUUCACUUGAAAGUAGGCUCAUAAGUUCACAAAAAGAUGAAAACUUUGUAUAUUGUGUUGCUAUUGAUUUGCACUAACUUUUAGGGGUCAUUUUGUAAAUACUAGUUAUGCAAGGAUUAUAGUCUUGUUGUGAGUAAUAAUAUGUGGAUUUUUAUUGGAUGAACGAUAAUACAUGGAUUGUUAUACAGACUUUGUGAUACCAAAAUAAGAAAUAGCUUUAUCUUGGGAUGCGGAAUACACAUAUUCUUAUUCCACAUUCCUCUUAUUAAUAAGGGAGAGUUUGAGGAGCUUGGGGUCGUAGGGGUAUUUUAGGAAAACUGCGACUGGUUGUGGACUCUGUUGCUUGGCCAAAAGUCCUUUGAAUUAAGGGAAGUGUUAGCGAUACUCUUUUCUGGGUUGACUGUGAUGGCCCCUCAGGGGUUGCACUUCAGCAAAUAGCCUUUGUUUUUAAAGGUGUUUGAAUAUUUUUGUUUCUUAACUUCUUUACUCUUCUGAAACUUUUUUAAGUUUUUAGAAUGUUGAAAUAAAAUGCUACCUAAACCCCCCAACUGGGAUUUAAAGGACUAACUGUGUGCAUUCCUUUUCAAGCAGUUUGAGAGUUUUUUUUGUGUUGACAAAAGUUAAGAGAAAUGCGGUGUUAGAUAAGUGCUCAUUGUUGUUUCUCAAUUGAAGAUGUAUUACUUCAUAAGAGAUGCUUCACGACAUUAAAUUAGUGACAACUGAAUGUAUUAUCACUGUGAUUAAUCAUAAGUCGAAGAGUUUCCUAUUACAAACAAAUUUAAGUUUGAUUAGAACUUUCAACUGAUGAUUCUUUUGACAGUGUGGAAAUUGGGCAGAGGGGGUUGAGUUGGAGCGUCGCAAUGUAACUCAUGCUAUUGUGUUACUCCUUAAAGUUCUGUAUAUUAUGAUUUUUUUCCCUGUUGUGUCCAAUAAUACAUGAGUUUUAUUUGUAUUUUUAUACAUUGUUUGAGAAUAUCUUUGUGCAGACUAAUUGUUGAGAUUCUGUAUAUUGAAGGCAUAUAUGACUCUUAAACUUAAAGAGUGUGCUUGUGUAAAAACCUUAUGGGUUUAAGCUUAGAUAAGAUGGCAAAUUGGCUAUUCAAGAUCAAUAUUUACCUUUAAAUUUUUUUCUCAGUUUAUAUUAGGGGAAAAAAUAUCUCAGGUUUUUUCCCUUGUACACAGAUGCAAGCUUUUCCUAUUUCUUCCUGUAGUUCUUUCCACUUUUUAUGAUAUUGGCUGCCUAUUUUUCAGUUCAAUGAUGAAUCACGUUCGCCUUUUAUAAAGAAGUACAAUACUACUAUUGAUCCUGCCGAGGUGACAAAGAGAUGAAGUUUCUCUGAAUUGGUCUUGUACAUGGAGGAGAGCCAUGGCAUUUGCAAGCUUUAAUGGCUCUCUUUGAAAGAGAUGAGGAGGUGUUCUAUUUUUGGUUUUUCGUACCAUUGUCAACUCUUAUCUUAUCAUCGAUACUUGGGUUCUGUGAUAAAACACACCUCAUUCUCUUGCUUUUCAACUAAUUGUGCAGCUGAAAAGCUUUCUUUCUUUCCUUUAACUGAUGCGAGACCCUUUCCAGAUUAUUCGCCUAAAAAAGCCUCCAUUAGAGACUCUGAACUCGUGCAUCGCGUAGCAACUUCUAUUAAGCAACGUUACUCUGAGCACAUUCGCCGUGUUUUAAAGCCCUUUGAAUCAAAAAUCAGACCUGACCACAUCAUUUGGGUUCUCAUGACUGUGAAGAAUGAUUACAAACUAGUUCUGGAUUUCUUUGACUGGUGGUGUCAACGGAGGGACCCGUCAAUUGAAGUCCGUUGUAUUGUCGUGCAUAUUGCCGCUGCUCAAAAAGAUGCAAGGACAGCACAUAGGCUUAUCCAUGAUUUCUGGACAAGACCCAGUGUAGAUGUGACAGUUUCCUUCUCACAGUUUCUUGAAAAAUUAAUAUACACUUAUAAGGAUUGGGGUUCUAAUCCAUAUGUUUUUGAUAUUUUCUUCCAAGUGCUUGUUGAGUUGGGAAUUCUAGAUUAUGCAAGAAAACUUUUUGAUAAGAUGUUGCACUAUGGCUUGGUUUUAUCUGUCUCUUCAUGUAACUUAUUUCUUUCUCGUCUCUCGCAUGAUAUUGAGGGGCACAAAAUGAUGCUUAAGGUAUUUAAUGAAUUUUCGGAAGUGGGUGUUUGCUGGGAUAAUGAAUCUCAUAAUAUAAUGAUCCAUUCUCUUUGUCAGAUAGGAAAAGUUAAAGAAGCUCAUAACUUACUCCUGCAAAUGGAGCUGAGGGGCUGUAUGCCUGAAAUUGUAAGUUACAGCACCGUGAUUAAUGGAUACUGUGCUACUGGACAGCUUGAACAAGUCUUGAAGAUCAUCAAAGAAAUGCAAGUAAAAGGAUUGAAGCCAAAUGCUUUUACUUUUAACAGUAUAAUUCUUCUUUUGUCUAAGACUGGGAAAGUGCUUGACGCCGAGAAAAUCCUGAGGGAGAUGACUUCCCAGGGAGUCGCUCCAGAUAAUGUUGUUUACACAACUCUUAUAGAUGGCUUCUGCAAAACUGGGAACAUAAGUGCUGCAUACAGACUGUUCAAUGAGAUGCAGUAUUUUAACAUUACUUCUGAUUUGGUAACAUAUACUGUCCUUAUUUCUGGUCUGUGUCAAACUGGAAAAAUUGGUGAAGCAAAUACGCUCUUAAAUGAUAUGCUUGGCCGGGGAUUAGAACCUGAUGAAUUCAUUUAUACUGCGCUUAUUGAUGGUUAUUGCAAGGCAGGGGAGAUAAGGGCAGCCUUUUCUCUUCACAACAAAAUGGUUCAGAUGCAGUUGGCGCCAAAUAUUGUGACUUACACUGCACUGGUAGAUGGGCUCUGUAAACUAGGGGAACUUGAUACAGCGCACGAACUUCUCCAUGAGAUGUGUGGAAAGGGUCUUGAACUGAAUAUCUACACAUACAACUCACUUGUUAAUGGUCUUUGUAAAGCUGGAGAUGUAGAGCAAGUAGUAAAGUUAAUGAAAGAUAUGGAAGCUGCAGGGAUCCAUCCUGAUACUUUUACUUAUACUACUCUAAUGGAUGCAUAUUGCAAAUCUGGAGAGAUGGGCGAGGCUCAUGGACUACUACGCCAGAUGUUGGUCAGAGGACUUCAACCAACAAUAGUUACAUUCAAUGUUCUGAUGAAUGGUUUUUGUAUGUCAGGGAUGCUAGAAGAGGGUGAUAAACUGUUGAAGUGGAUGUUGGAGAAGAGCAUAAUACCAAAUGCUACCACCUACAAUUCUCUUCUGAAGCAAUACUGCAUUCGAAAUAAUAUGCGUAUGACGUCAGAAAUUUAUAAGGGGAUGCUGGGCCAAGGAGUUGUACCAGAUGCCAAUACCUUUAACAUAUUGAUACGAGGACAUUGCAAAGCUAGAAAUAUGAAAGAGGCUUGGUUUUUGCACAAGGAAAUGAUCAAGAAGGGAUUUACUCCCACGGUAGAUACUUAUCAUGCACUCAUCAAAGGUUUUUUAAGGAGGAAAAAGUAUUCUGAGGCCAAAGAAAUGUUUGAAGAGAUGAGAAGGGAAGGUUUGUUGGCAGAUAAAGAACUUUACUCCAUCUUUGCGGAUAUGAACUAUGAAUUAGGGAACUUUGAUUUGGCGCUUGAGCUUUGUGAUGAAGCAUUAGAAAAGUGUGUUUCAGACAAGACUGAUAACAGGAAUACAUGAUAGUUCUCUGUGAUUUAAAUCUUCUGAUAAAAGAGUUUCAGCUGUAUUUGUGCUGCUACAGAAAGCAGGAACCUGAAAUUGUAGUCAUCAUCCAAGAACCUUGGUCUCUUGAGCUACAGCAAUACAUAGUUUGGCUGACUGUUGGUCAAAAAUUGGUACCAGCAUAUGGGAAAACCACUAGUCAUUGAAGCAUCCAGGAACUAGUGCCUCGAGAGACUUCAAAUUGUGGAAAAGAAUGAUGGUACUUAGCUGCCCAGAAAUAUGCAUGUUCUUCAAAUUUCCGAGCAGUCCCAAAAAUUUGACAGCUUCAUGGCUUUCUUUCAUGGCUUGCAUGUAUCAGAUAAGAAGGUCUCUAGCAGCUUUGCUGGAGGUUUGAUUCAUUGAGCUAAGAGCAUGAACACCGAUAUGCUCAAGAACAGAGUCCUUGGAUGGCCAGAGGGAUCUUGCUUAUAGCUGCUUCAAAGGUUUUGCUUAUUGUCAGAAUUGUGUCAAUCUGGAGGAAGAAAACAUAGAGGCUGCAGGUUUUGAAAAAUUCCAGGAAUUUUCUGUUAUUAUUAGACCAUGUUACAUUAAAUCUCGGACCUUUGAUCUCCUUUGCUAGUAGAUUCACCGGUGUCAAAGCUUCAUGAAGCUAAGCACUCUCAGACUUUUUCAUUUGAGGAACCUAGAGCCUGAGAGAAAUGUGGCUUUUUAAGUCUGGAUUAGCAUUUCGAGCAUUUUCAGAAGCAAAAUGCUCUCAGAGAUGUUUCUGCAUCGUGUUAGUGGUGAUCCUGUAGCUGAUUUUGAAACUAGCCAUAAUAAAUCAGGUGCCUUGCUCCUCAUGAUGAUAAGUCUUUUUGUGCGGUCAAGCCAAUUCAAGUUGUUACUCUUUUAAAUCAUCAGAUGAUUAUUUGAAACAGCUGAGUUCAUUAUACUUGGGAGGUGAAAGGAGGACUGAUGGUCAGCUUUAAGAAAUUCCUGCUUGGAUAGGAAAAGAAGCAUGAAAGCUAGGUGUUGUGGGCCUGGAGUUCUACUGCAAUGCAGUAAAUUACAACAUACCAUCAAAGAUUGCCAUCCAUCUGUGUAUUGAAUAAAGAUCCCAGUUGGUUGUGCUUUUCUAAGCUUGGAAUAGAUGUAAAAAGAACACCGGAAGACUAGGAUAAGAUUCUGGAGAGGCUGUUGUUUCGGUAGAUGGAAGUAGUAGUUCAAUGAAUAAAUGCAUGAUCGUUUAACCUGGUUAAAACUGUUGGAGGAGGUUAUAUGAUAAUCAAUGGCUGUCUUGAUAUGUAUGGAAGUUUUAAUUGACUCA